AUGGUGGGCCCUGGCGUGGUGGGGGGCUCCAGGGGGCUGCUCUCGGCCCGCCUGGGCUGCCGUGUCCAAGAGGAGGACGUGGGCAGGAGAGAGACCUUCAGCGCCGAGUGGCUGGACCUGGAGCUCAGCUCCCGGCCCGAGGACGGGUGGUGCCGGCGGGAGGUGGACACGCAGCGCCGGGAGACGCUGGAGCAGCGCGGGGCCGUGCGGGUGCUGGAGCAGCGCUCGCCCUGGGGGCUGCUGCGGGUGGGGGUCCUGGGGCAGCCCCUGGCCCAGCACCUCCUGCCCUACGCCCGCACCUUCCCCGUGCCCCUCUUCGCCCCCUCGGACCUCCGCGGUGCCAAGGGGGGGAUUCCCCGCACCCUCUCCCGCUCCCUCUCCCACGAAGCCCAGCGGGGCUGAGCGUGGCAGAGGGGCCGGGGGAAGGUCGGGGGGGGGCAGGAGGGUGAUGUUGGGGGGCUGGGGGGACCCACACGCCUGGGUCUGCUCAGCCGCCCCGAAGAGGCAGCACAGGAAGGCGGGGGCAGGUGGGGGUGGGCUCCCAUUCACCUGGGACCCCACCCCGCUGUGGGCGUCGUGGAGGCCGGUGGGGAUGAGGACCCCGCGGGUCGGGGGGCUCCCGCCCUUAGCGGGGCUCCCGGCAGCUCCGGCGUGACUCAGUUUCCCUGGCGAAAAGAAGGGAAUGCGAGGAUGAGGAGCGCUGAAACCCGCCCGGGGCUGGAGGGCGCCCUGG